UAAUUUCACUAUCUUGUAUAUUCUUUUUAUUUGUACAUAUGUUAAUCAGCUUUAAAAACCACAUAUAAAAUCAUGAGUGAAGUUCCCAAUGGAUUAGCUCCUCCUGGUAUCAAGAGCAAUCGAGAAUCUCCCUUAGGUAGUAGUGCUAAUAUAACACAACCGUCUCAGCCGUCAGAACCGUCAGAACCGUCACAACCGCAAUAUCAUCCACAACAACAGAACCGCCACGACAAUAGACAUCAACCCAACACAAGCAUAAGUGGCAGUUUAAAUACUAAAAUCACCGACGUAGACACUGAUGCUAUUAGACAAGCAUUGGAGAAUGUCCAAAUCAAUACUUAUAAUCAUAUUCCUAAUAGAAUCCCCCCUUAUGUCAUGGACACCAUUGCAAGAUCACACCAUCGGGAUUUAGAAAAUACUACUGCCCAUAAUACCAGUGGUGGUAAUUCCAAUCCUGGAAGUACUAAUGUAAGUCCGACUAAUAUUAUCCAUCAGCGUCAACCGCUGCUUAGAAGAAUACAAAGUGAAAGAACAUUAUCUACAUUAUAUGACGAAGAACAAUACUUGAGUUUUGCCAAUGAUCCUUAUGUUAGAGCCAUGGAUGGGAAUUGGUUCAAAUUUAUCCGGUCAAUUAGACAACAGAAUGCAUAUACUAGCGACAAGAUACGAUACGAUGACUCAUUUUUAAAAGAAUAUGACUUGGAAUCGCCAUGGGGAGGAGCUAAACGAUUAAAAUCAGCCUACGUGGGUGAUUUCAUGGAAAAGGGCGAGGAUACAUCGGAAAUUUCCAAGCAUUGGUUCUCAAGAUUGUUUCGAACUAGGAAACAACCUGACGAUGACGAGAAUAAUCCUAGAGUUAGAUCAACCGCGGGGUAUUGGAUGGGGGAGAAUAGAAAUCAAUUAUUUCCUAUUAUAAGAAAGUUCUUUUUGUUUAAUCCUUUAGUUCCAUUAUUAUUAAGAAUUUUAACAUUAAUGUUUUUAGCCAUUUCGUUAGGAAUAGCUGCCUCAAUUUUCAAAUUUGCAGCUAGCGAAUAUCAAGGAGUGCAGUUUGGCCAACAAGCAAGUACUGUAAUGGCAGUUGUGGUGGAAACUGUGGGGAUCGUCUAUGUUAUUGGAAUUGCAUAUGAUGAGUAUCACGGGAAACCACUUGGGUUAAGAGACCCUAUAAGUAAAAUGAGGUUAAUUAUGCUUGAUUUGUUGUUUAUAAUAUUUUCAUCAGCAAAUUUGUCGUUAACUUUUAACACUUUAUAUGACGAUGAAUGGGUUUGCGUCUUGUCUCGAACCAAGGUACUUCCAAUAGAGAACAAUGGUGGGUUAUUAACCUUGACUGUGGACAGUGUGUGUCGAAGGCAGCGAGCAUUGGCCUCAUUUUUAAUGGUGGUGUUGGUAUUAUGGGUGAUUACAUUUACCGUCAGUUUACUAAGAGUGGUAGAUAGAGUGGCAUCUCCUGGAAGAGUAGAAUAGAGAAACAUAGCUUUACAUACAUUUAAUACAAUUAACACU